CUCGAUUAUUAACGAGUAGCUUAACUUUCUUGAGCUGGGCUAGAUACAUUUCCACCCUUCGCAACGACAACACCGUUCACCACGACGACCACGGCAAUAUCUAUAUUCCAAAUCCAAAUUAAUCAAUAAAUACAACAAAAGCAAAAGAAAACACGCGGACACGGAGUUCCUUCUUCAGCUCUUCUUCUCUCCGAUUGCUUCAACCAGCCAUACAAACAAAAUAACCAAAGCUCGAAGAUGUACAACAGCAACAACAACAGUAACAGCAACAUCCUGGCGUCUCGGACGAGCUCGCGGUCGGUGACGGAAACUGUUAACGGCUCUCACAAGUUUGUAAUCAAAGGUUACUCUCUGGCGAAGGGGAUCGGAGUUGGGAAGCACAUAGCGAGCGAGACCUUCAGCGUUGGAGGGUACCAGUGGGCCAUAUACUUCUACCCUGACGGCAAGAACCCUGAGGACAACUCCGCCUAUGUCUCUGUCUUCAUCGCCCUCGCCAGUGACGGUACCGACGUUAGGGCACUCUUUGAGCUCACCCUCCUCGACCAGAGUGGCAACGGCAAGCACAAGGUCCACAGCCACUUUGACCGCUCCCUCGAAAGCGGUCCCUACACUCUCAAGUACCGCGGCAGCAUGUGGGGCUAUAAACGAUUUUUCAAACGAGCUCAGCUCGAGGCAUCAACCUUCCUCAAGGAUGACUGCUUGAAAAUAAACUGCACAGUUGGUGUUGUGGUGUCAUCCAUAGACUGUUCAAAGUUAAACACAAUACAAGUUCCUGAAUCUGAUAUUGGGGCACAUUUUGGCAUGCUGUUAGAAAAUGAAGAAGGCUCUGAUGUUACCUUUUCUGUACAUGGAGAAAGGUUUCAUGCACAUAAGCUUGUACUAGCUGCUCGGUCAACUGCAUUUGAAACAGAGUUUUUCAAUGGGAUGGAUGAAAAUGAUCAGGAGAUAGUUGUUACUGACAUGGAACCUAAGGUUUUCAAGGCAUUGCUUCAUUUUAUUUAUAGAGACACUCUUAUAGAAGAUGAAGAACUCUUUAUGUCACGGUCAACAUUCUUUGCUUCAAUAUCCGACUCAUUUGCAGCAAAAUUGUUGGCUGCUGCUGAAAAGUAUGAUUUGCCAAGACUGAAGCUGAUGUGCGAGUCCGUAAUCUGCAAAGACAUAUCUAUUGAUUCUGUUGCCUAUAUAUUGGCCCUUGCUGAUCGUUAUCAUGCUACAGAACUGAAGUCUAUUUGCCUCCAGUUUUCUGCUGAAAACCUUGUUGCUGUGAUGCAAUCUGAGGGUUUUGAGUACCUUAAGGAACAUUGUCCUUUGCUACAAUCAGAACUACUAAAGACAGUGGCCGGAUGUGAGGAGGAAUUUAGUGGAGAAGGAAAAUGUAGAAGUGUGUGGGCCCAGUUUUCUGAUGGUGGUGACACCAAUGAUAGGAGUGUAAGACAACAAACAUGGGAAAAUGGAGUUGAAAGAAGUCAAAGCUUAUGGGUUCACCUUUCUGAUGGUGUUAACAAUGAUAGGAGUCCAGGGCAAGAAGCUUGACGAGGUAAGUUACCAUCAUUUGUCAGUUAGGUUAAACUGUAAAUUAUGGCAGGGACUGUAUAACCCAAUGUGUGUGUGGGGUGAAGAGCUCCCGAGGGCAGGGGGAGUAAUACAAAACAAUGUAAAGAAAGGAGUCCUGAAACCUGCCUUAUAAGUAUUAUUUUUAGUUGAUUAAUAACAUCAUCAUGACACACAAGGAUUAAGUUGUAGGGACGCAAAACAAUGUAACGUUGAUAUGUUGUGUGGAAUCCUGUUGGGAACAUUAUAAUGAAGAGCUGAUCGUGCUUGGCUU